CCCUUAAGAAUCCCCAUCACCACCGUUUACUUGUCUCUUUUUCUUUUUUUAUCUCUCUCUCCUCUCUCUCUCUCUCUCUCUCUUCACUUGGGAGCAUCGGAGGAAGAAGCCUCAUCCUCCAAGCUCUAUGACAGAGGGCAGUGAUCAAGCAAUCGGAAGGCUUCCCGAUCAUCUCCUAAUAGAAAUUUUUGUUAGGUUACCGAUCAGUGAAUGGUGCCGUAUUUCGUGUGUAAAUAAGCACUGGGCCAAUAUAUUUCGAGGAGAAUGUUUGUGGCAAACGGCGAUUGCCCGCACCUGGCCAUCGGUGGGGAAUCGUAAACGGUGGCCUGGCCCAAUUCCUCGAGGCUCGGCUAAGAGGAGAUUUGCGGCCUUAUAUGUCAGUGCAAACAUAAUUCCAUUGGGUGGUGAAAUCGAUGAACUAGUUGGUCACACUUUUUUGUAUUUAAAAGAGCAGCUCGAGCUUCCGUUAACACCACCACCUUCUAGCAUACUUCAUGGAACCAUCAUCGAUCAAUUUAUCUCUUGUGGUAGGUCAAGAGACAAAGCCCACGAGCUCGCUUCGCAGGUAUGGUUAGCAGUCAUCAACAACUUGGAAGAAAACCAGCGGACUUUCGCACUGCUAAAGCGCUUCGCACAGGAAGGAGAUUUCUUCCUGCCUUACCCGUACUCGAGGUCGUACGUGGUAUUGUCGAGGGUGUUCGAGAAGCUAUUUACGGACUUUCGAGACUGCCUCACUCAAGCAGAUUACUAUGAUGUUUUGGCCUGUGCAAAGUCUAGAUUCCAGCUAUUCCCAUCCACGUGGCUGGGCUAUUAGCAUAUGUUGUUUUUGGUUGUUUAAUUGCCACUUUUACUUGUAAUUAUCUAAAAAUUUAUAUCAUGGCGACGAAGAAAAACAAGGAAAAAGAAAUAACUGGUCUAAAACUUCCAUGGACUUGUAUCAUGAUAUGUUACAAUUGAAUUGACUGGAAAUUCAGCUGUAUUACACCUGAUUUCUCCAAAAAAACCGAUAUUGUAUACGAUUCUAUUGAAAUAAAUUGUACAUGUAAAAUACUUGUAUUGAAGGUAAUUUGUAUUGGUGAUAUGAAACCUCAAA